GAGAGUUAGGGCUCCUCGUGGUUCUUUCGUCCGUACUUACACUAUUUUUAAUUCGAUUUUCAGAUUUUUAAAUCUUUCGUUCAUUCGACUCUUUUUUAUGUGACUAACCCCUGCCUAAAUUUUUCAAUCUUGAAAAAAAUUUUCAUCAUGACCGUGAUUUCAAUAGUGAUUUCAAGUUGAACAAAAUGCAGUGUGGGCAGCGUUUCAAUUGAAUGUAAUAAUUAUCGAGUUUCUUAAAUAAACUUUUGUUCUCUCAGUGCGUUUAUGAUUCAAAUCGACACGUGUUUGUCAUGGAUAAAACAGACAAUAUUUUCGAGGAAGGUAACAUGUAUGUACAGCGUUUAUUAGACCGAAAUCUAUAUUCCGAUGGUUAUUCUAAGACUAUUCGCAGACGGAUGAGCGUAUUGGAAGCGCUGAAUAAAAAACCGUUUAAUCCUCCAUCAAAUCUACAUUACGACGGUAAUCCAUUCAAGAAGGAAUUUUCCCAGGUAAACAAAACUACUCUUGCCAGUACAGAAGACGACCAGUUUGAAAAGUCAUACGUGAGCACGUGGCUCGAGGAUAAUGUCGAUCUGUAUUCUCGGAAGCGCAGCUUUGAGUCGAUGGACCUUAAUGAUACCAAAGCAACGAAUCGAAGUGCUACUACGGAAUGCCGCCUCUCUAAUCAAUUUAGCCAGGAUAAUACUGACAGUGACGUCAAGUCUUUCUCAGAUUCCGCUAAUCUGAGAUCGUCGUCCAGAAACGAGCCCACACAUCCAGUUGGAGAACUCUUAGGUCCUUUGACAGCGAGUGAGUUAGCUAUGCAAACUACACUAAACGCACAGCACGAAAGGGAACUCGAGCAAUGCAACGUUAAAAUGCAGCUUCAAGGGAUAGAUGGAUACUUCUUCAAUCAUCGAGUAAUUGAAAUUUGCGAACCAACGAUCAUCCCUCAUCAUCGUAAGAGUUCUACCUCCACCAUAGUUCAAGCUGAUGAAGCUGAACUUACUUAUGUGAAAACAAGUAAAAACGAGAACAACCGGAAAAGCCAAGAGUUGGAGAGUGACGUCACACCGACAGAUAAUUCCGAAUUAUUCAAAGAACUCGAUUGCGAGAUGAACAAAUUAGAUAUUAAUGAUUUAUCAGAUGGAAUGUCUUCUCCAAUGAAUAUCACAUUUGGAAACAAAGUUGUCAGCAAGAAGAGAUCCGAAGAUACCAUCGAUAAAAAGGAUAAUUCUUGCAAACGUGAUAAUUCCAAACUUACAACAGGCAAUUGCAAUAAAAGCUUAAAAAAUGCAACGUUCACAUAUGAUGUUGCAAAUGACAGUCAAAACCCAGAGCAAAGUGUUUCUAAAAAUACCUCAUUCAUCAAACGCCAUACAAGCUUCCUGUUCAAGAACUUGCGCACUCCGAAAUUGAGACGGCGCAAGUCUAACAUUGAAUCAAAGAGAGUGAGAACAAACAAUGCUGAUAGUAGCAAUUUGCCACAAACGAAUACCAGCACUUUAGUUCGACACAACACAGCGGAUAGCUCCAACGCUGAAAAAUCUAAUGCUCGGUUUCUACAGCAAGUUCGACAGGUGGAAGCUAAUGCAUCACCUGACGUAGAUGACAGUAUGAUAUCUGAGAUGGAGGGCUUUUUGGAAGUAGCACUUGGGAAUGAGCAAUAUAAUUCAACGAUGGUAUAUUCGACUCACGAUUCGGCAGAUCUAAACCGCACAAUUUUGAGCGACGAUGGUGUUUAUUCCAAUAAAAAGAAAAAACGAAGAGUGAUUGCACCAAAGAGCGAGCCGUUGAAACGCUCGGGAACAUUGAAUAGGACUUUGUCUAUGUACAGAUCUUUGACGCAAAUGAUAAGUGAUAAAUUUCGGAGAUAUGAUCGCAACGACACCAAAUCAGACUUAUCUACGUUCUUUCAACAAAAUACGAAUUCUGAUGUGUUAUCUACACUUUCUCAAAAAAAAACGGCACCCGAAGAUUGGAGUCCUGAAUUGAGAGAAAUAAUCGAGAAACUCCAGGAAAAAGUUGCUGUUCAAGAUACGCUGAUCUACCAGGCGAGCAAGGCCUUACAACUUUGCAGCUCGAUGCGAGAAUUCACUGACAGUCCUGAACGCGUGGAGUACGAGCGUCUUUUACUCCUGGCGAGCUUGACGAGAAAAGCGAUUUCGAGAGAAAUCGAUCGUUUGAGUAGCCAACAAGUCUACAACAACAACGAAGAAUGCAGUUACAACGAACGUGGUGAGGUGACGCUAAAAGAUAUUCGCCUGCAAUUGCGCGAAGACAUGUUACGUCGCGAACGACAAAACGGUGACGUUGUGGAAUGGUUCGUGGUAGUGGUUAUUCAUGGAAUGACAGUUUGGGCAACUCGCGCGAUUGCCUGUCCUAUUUCCAGUCCGCAAAUUUACUUCCCUGGCCAACACAUUAUUUCUGGUUUGACCCCAGAUUUCCGUCUGUCGAUCAAAGUUUAUAGCAUGAAACUACAACAACUACAGCUAUUUAACCACGACGACAAGUACCACAUUACGCGCAAUUUCACGUUCAGCAGUAGUAACACGAUAAAAACGCCGAAGCCGCAUAGAAGGAAAUCUUUCUCGCCGAAGCAAUACAAAGUCAAGUUCACCGGUAUUAAGGAAACGUCGUUCACAUUUUGCGGUGCUGUUGACUUAACAUUAUACGAUCUGAAACUCGUAUCGCCGUGGCCUUUGAAUUCGCUAUCAUCGAACUCCGUGCUACACGGCACCGUAGACCUCAAUUUAUCGUGCAAGCUUGAACUGUCGAUGUUCCACGGUGGUUUCGUGACGCAUUGCGAGGAGUCUGGCGACUUGGCUUGGAGCAGACGUUGGUGCUUACUGGAAGGUCACACUCUCUUGUUUUGGAAUUACCCACGCGAGCAAGAGUACAAUCCACCAAUGUAUAUCAUCGAUUUAGUUGAUUGCAUCUCAAGCAGUAUCGGUCUCAUCGACAGAAAGCUGUGUCCGAGACCCAAGACACUUUUACUUGAGACAAGGAGUAAGGCCAAACACAAUGAUCUUUUUAUCAUCGAUGGAAGAUCAACAGCGCCGAUUCACAGGCAUCUGCUAUCGUACGACAGUCAUGAAGAAUUAUCUGAAUGGCGCUUGAAGCUUAACCGCGUGGUUACUGCACUUACCGAGUGGAAUAUCAUUCACCCGGAGCCUGUUUCGUAAUUUUUUAAUGCAUAUUUAAUUUAUACAAUUUUUAAUUAAUAGGGAUUUAUAACAAUUUUAAGUGGAACUUCUUAAUUUUAUGAAAUUAAAAUGUAUACUCGCACUAUAGUUUGAUGAUAAUCGAAUCACUUUAUUUUACUACGUACGCGACUUUGUGCAUUGAAACUGAACAAAUGUUGCUUUCGAGGCAACGCAAAUGAAUUAUGUGCACCAGAAAAAAGAAAAGAUCUUUUUACUGUACGUAGAUGCUGAAUGACAGUGACAAUAAACUUUUACGUUUAAUACGAGUCGAAUGAUUAUUAUUUGUAUCAUACUGAUUGGAAAAAAUGAAAACGCAAGUUUGCAUUUGUUUCGAAGAAACUGAACGUUCCAUUCGC